AUGUUAGCAAGUAUGCAAAAACAUAUGCAGAGUAGAGAUGCACAAAUUGAUUCCCUUGUAGCCCAUAAUAAAAUUAUUGACAAUCAAAUUGCGCAACUUUCUGCUACUCUACAAAAUCGCCAACAAGGAACCCUGCCAUCACAGCCAGUACAACCCACAAAUCAUGCUAAUGCAAUUACUCUGAGGAGUGGUGUACAUUAUGAUGGGCCUCCUAUGCCCCCUGAUGAUGAAAUUAUCAUAUCUAAUAAUGUUAGCUCUGAUUCUGCAGGGUUAAAUAACUUUGUUACUAGCCCUGUAGGGUUGCAGGGUAAAUCUAGUACUUCAACUGAUAACACCCUGCAGGAAAAAACUAACCCUUCUCUUGAUAAUGCAUUGCAGGAUAAUACUAAACCCAAAGCUGGUGAUGAAGGGAAACCUGUUAUCAAACUACCAUUCCCCAACAGACAUUUAAAGACAAAGUUGGACAAGCAGUUUGGUAAGUUUUUGGAGGUAGUGAAAAAUUUGCAGGUAACUGUCCCUUUCACAGAAUUAAUUACACAAGUUCCUGCAUAUGCUAAAUUUAUGAAAGAUAUUCUGACUAGGAAAAGGGCUUUUAAUGAGGUAGAGACUGUAGCUUUCACUAAAGAAUGUAGUGCUUUACUACAAAAUAAAUCUCCAAAAUUAAAGGAGCCUGGAAGUUUCUCUAUACCUUGUCAUAUUGGUAAUGUCUUUAUAGAUAAAGCUUUAUGUGAUUUGGGUGCCAGUGUUAGUGUCAUGCCAUCGUCUAUUUGUGCAAAACUUAAUAUGGGUGACUUAAAAGUGACUAACAUUACCCUACAAAUGGCAGAUCGUUCUGUUAAAUAUCUCUUAGGUAUUUUAGAGGAUGUUCCUGUUAGAGUGGGAAAAUUUUAUAUCCCCGUUGAUUUUGUAGUUUUGGACAUGGCUGAGGAUACGCAAAUUCCUAUAAUUUUAGGGAGACAUUUUCUCCACACUGCAGGAGCUAUUAUUGAUGUGAAAAAUGGAAAACUAACCCUUUCUGUAGGAGAUGAUAAUAUUACUUUUAAUUUAGGGAAGGUUUUAAAAGGUCCUAUGAUUAAGGAAGAUUGUUGUAGUAUUGAAGUUAUUGAUGUGAUUGACAUUAUUUGUGAAGAUAGCUUACCACAGGUUCUUGCAAGAGAUCCCUUGGAGGAAGUACUUUGUGGUGAUUUUACUACAGGUGAUGCUGACAUAUGGAGCAAAGAAGUGGAUGCUAUAGAGGCAGCUCUCUCCCUUGAAGAGCUUGGCCCUAAAGAAAAUUUGAAGGUAGAAAAAUUGGUUCAGGAAUCAAAACCUGCAGAGGUAAAGAAACCUGAAUUAAAACCUCUUCCUUCUCAUUUAAAAUAUGUUUUUCUUGAUGAGCAUGAAUUACACCCAGUGAUCAUCAGUACUGCACUUGAUGAACCACAGAUUUCCCAACUCUUAACGGUUCUUAGAACUCACAAAAGGGCAAUCGGGAUACACUUAGAGGAGAACCACAAGCCAUGUAUUCAACCUCAGAGAAGGUUGAAUCCUAAUAUACAAGAAGUAGUUAAGAAAGAGGUGAUGAAAUUACUUGAUGCAGAGGGAGUAGUUCUUGGUCAUAUCGUAUCUGAUAAGGGUAUACAAGUUGAUAAAGCUAAGAUUUCUGUGAUUGAGCAAUUGCCUACACCAGUUAAUGUUAAGGGGGUUAGAAGUUUCUUAGGUCAUGCGGGAUUUUAUCGCCGUUUCAUCAAAGAUUUUUCUAAAAUUGCUAAACCAUUAACUCAGCUUUUGUUGAAUGAUGCCCCUUUUGAUUUUACUAAUGAGUGUCUUGAGUCUUUUAACAGGAUUAAGCAAGCUCUAAUAUCGAAACCUAUCAUAUGUGCUCCCGAUUGGAAUUUACCUUUUGAGAUUAUGUGUGAUGCCAGUGAUUUUGCAGUUGGAGCCGUGUUAGGACAGAGAAAGAACAAAGUUCUACAUGCUAUUUAUUAUGCUACUCUGAAAUAUCUGAUUGCUAAGGCAGAAACAAAGUCUAGGCUUCUCCGUUGGGUUCUCUUGCUCCAAGACUUUGAUGUGGAAAUUAAAGAUAAAAAGGGAGCAGAGAAUGUUGUAGCAGAUCACUUGUCUAGGAUCAGAUAUGAUGGUGGUAAAGAUUCUCUCCCUAUAGAUGAUUCCUUUCCAGAUGAUCACUUGUUCUCAGUUGUAGAGCAACACCCUUGGUGUGUUCCCGAAUGGGAAGUCCACGGAGUACUCACUAGCUGCCACAAUUCCCCCUAUGGUGGACAUCAUGGCCCUGCUAAGAAAGUCGCCAAGAUAAACGAGUCAGGAUUUUAUUGGCCUACCAUGUUCAAGGAUGCUCAGGCCUUUGUCAUAGCUUGUGAUUCCUGCCAGAGGACUGGCAACAUCUCGCGGCGGCAUAAGAUGCCCCAAACAGGUAUCUUAGAAGUUGAAAUUUUUGAUGUUUGGGGUAUUGAUUAUAUGGGUCCCUUUCCCUCCUCAAAAAGGAAUCGUUAUAUACUUGUUGCCGUUGAUUAUGUCUCUAAGUGGGUAGAAGCCAUUGCCACAUCAACCAAUGAUUCCAAAGUAGUUCACAAAUUAUUUAAGAAAAUUAUCUUUCCUAGAUUUGGAGUCCCUAGAGCCGUAAUUAGUGAUGGAGGAUCUCACUUUCAUGAGAGGAAGUUAGACACCCUUCUGAAAAAGUACGGAGUAUACCAUAGAACAGGUUUAGCCUACCAUCCCCAAACUAGUGGGCAAGUAGAGGUUUCAAACCGUGAAAUUAAAGCUAUUCUGCAGAAAGUGGUAGCAAAGUCUAGGAAGGAUUGGAGUGAUAAGUUUGAUGACACCCUUUGGGCAUAUAGAACUGCAUUUAAGACCCCUACUGGAAAGUUGAAGUCAAGGUGGUCAGGUCCUUUCACUGUUAAAAGGACAAAUAAAUUCGGUUCUGUUGAAUUAUAUGAUGAUCGUGGUGGUCUAUUUAAGAGACAACGAAGUGUUCGCGUUACGGGGUCGGGCUCGGGUUCGGGCCAAGGAGUUCCGUAUGAUCCGGAGCUCCAACUUCCGGAUUUGUGGCCAACCAUUCGGAUUACUACAUCCGAUCAGCGUGACCGUUUGAUAAAUCUCGCCGUACGUGAGGUAAUUUCUUCCCGGUGGUUACACCGGGACACUCUUAAGAAUUUAGGCUUGUAUGAUCAUGUUAAACAAUUCAUGGCUGAUAUUGGCAUGCGAAAAUUUGUUGAUAUGUACUACUCGACAUAUAGGGAGUUGACAUGUGAAUUUCUUUCAUCCCUUAAUGUAGCACAAUCUAGGAAUGGUCCAAUUCUACAUUUUCGAUUAAACAACAGAAACAUUAAUUUAAAUUAUGUGGAAUUUGCUGAACUGUUUGAACUGGAUCCCUCUCCCCCUACUGAAUGGAGUGAAGAGUAUAAGGCAAAUGAUAUUUAUUUUUCUCUAACGGGCAAAAAUUGCCCUAAUUCGCAGCAUGCCAGUACUCUUCCAUUCCAUCACCCCGUCCCUAAAAAUUUUCACAGAUUUUCAGGGACCUGUUUUCUGGGACGUCACGAACCCCACAAUGCUCAAACUAACGAAUUAGAUAUCCUAGGGCAUUAUGUUUUUGGUUAUGGACGAUUGAAUAUCGCCCGUUAUAUUAUUCAUCACCUGAGUAGGCACGCCAAUUCCUGUAGCAACAAUGCUAAAACCCCCAUUCACAUUGGCGGCCUUAUCACUAGGAUAGCCCUUAAAAAGGUUGGGUUCAGUGAGUCUAAGUAUGCAGGGAUUACUAACUGUGGGGGGAAUCUCUGA